AUGUCGGAGGAGGUGGAAAUCAAGACGUACUUUAAGUUGGUUGACGUUGUAAAAUGGUUCGGCAUUACGCAGUUUGAAAUGCUAGUGAAUUUGAUAGCGUUUCUGGUGUUCACAAUCGUCCUCACGGUCAAGGCAUACAGCGGCGCACUUUAUGGGACGUUAUCUACUGGUGACUGGUUGGUUAUGUUCUCGCCCCUCUUUUGUGGUGAUUUCUGCAACGCCUAUUUCUGCAUAAUCGUGGGCAUUCGGAUGUACCUUGGCAAUAAGCAUCGCCAGGCCAUGCACCGGCUGCUAUGGAGUAUUCAUUUUCUGUUGCUCACCGCCGGCUUCAAGUAUCUGAUUUGUAUGAAGGCGGGCCAGAGUGGGCUUGAGUAUAGCGAGGUAUUUUCGCCAAUCAUAGUCCUGCUGCAGAUGAUCGCCGUUAAAGCGUGCCAAUCGAACCAACAAUCAUGAUCACACGCCCAGUUGCGCAGAGAGUUGCUGCCUUUUAGCAAUGAUGUCGUCAUUGGAACGGUUGUUAUGCAAUAGGAACCGUUUUUCCCAACAGUGGCUAAUGUGUACAAUAAAAACGAAAAUAUUGUCCCUUUUCUAUUUGCUGUACUCUUGCGUUUGUGCAGAGUUGUCUUUUCGGGUCAGUUCGAUUCUCUCGCAAUAGAGCAUAUU